GCAUUCCUGAGUACUAGUAACCUCAUGGCAUAGGCUGUGCUUCGCUUAGCUGUCAUGUUUCAGGCAGUUACUGGGCUGUUUUGGAUGCCUGCCACCGAUACUGACACUUGAGUCGCGCCCGUCGCGGCUACUACCACUAUAUGGGGUUCAAAUUUGCUCGCUUGUGCGACUUACUAUCAGCCCUCGAAGAUAACAGGAUCCUGAAAGCUGCCCAUGAGGCCAAAGUUGUGAAUCCUGACAUUCGGGUCGUAUCACAAUGGUUCGCCCAAAAUGACAAGCAAAUUCACGACAAAGAUACCGACCAGUUGGCCCUCCUUUCCUGCAUAUUUCCUGAGAAACGAACAGAUCGUGUCUACUGGCUACAGGAUACAUCCCUGGCCAAGAUUAUAGCACGGUGUCUGCUCCUGGGCUGUUCACGGCGGCAGGAGCUGGAGCGUUGGCGUGUCUCCGGGGGCGUAGACCUGGGACAAUGCGUGGAGAAUGUCAUGCGGCAGGCUGAAAACCAUGUCACCAACGGCCAAGAUGUCACUGUGGAGGAGAUAGACAAAGCUCUAGCUGAAAUCGCCUCUCGUUGCAAGUUUUCUGGCCCUCGGGUGCGAAGGCAGCGUACGGCAGUCAAGGUCGAUCAGACGCUGUCCUCAUUAUAUCGACGACUAAGUAGCAGAGAUGCGAAAUGGCUUACACGGAUGAUACUAAAAAGUUAUUCUCCUGUUUCUCUACCGACAAACAUGAUCUUGAAACGCUUCCAUUUCCUUCUUCCACAUCUGCUUCUCUUUCAGGACUCUUUCGAACGCGCUUUAAGCGUGCUGGGUACUAGCCCAAUAAGACACUUCCCGCCUCAACCAGAGCCUGCAUUAGCCAAAGACCUGGGGUUCAUCGCAUUAGGGCAUCUCAGUCCUGCUGUGGGAGUCAAGAUAGGACGACCCGAGUACUAUAAGGCUAGGAGCAUCAAGCAUUGCUGUCGCAUGGUCGGCAACCGUCGUAUGAGUAUCGAAAGGAAGUAUGAUGGUGAAUAUUGCCAGAUACAUAUCGAUCUCUCCAAGGACUCCAACUGGAUUCAAAUAUUUUCUAAAAGCGGUAAAGAUUCAACAGCAGACCGCGCCGGUAUCCAUCAAGUCAUCAACGAGUCUUUGAACCUAAGACGGCCGGGUUGCAAAGUUUCCCGGCGAUGCAUUCUGGAGGGCGAACUGCUUGUUUGGAGUGAUAAGCAUGGCAAGAUCGCAGAUUUUCAUAAGUUGCGUAAGUUCAUAUCGCGUUCAGGCACUUUCAUUGGAACUGAAAGCGACUCUCCCCCACAACCUUAUGAGCAUCUGAUGAUAGUAUUUUUUGACAUCCUGCUCAUCGAUGACAAUGUUUGUCUGAGGCUCCCACACCGGGAGCGGAGAUUGCUUCUGAAAGACAUUAUAGAGCCAAUCCCAGGACGUGCGGAUAUAUCUGAGCAGUGGGUUGUUGACUUUUCCCAUCAUGGCGGUCAAUCUCGACUAGAAAGUGUCUUCCACAAAGGCAUCGAUGAGCGAUGGGAAGGAUUUGUCCUAAAAGCAUGUGAAGAUCCUUACUUUACAAUAUUUUCUGAUGACAAGGACAAUCCCUCCUUCGGUCGCUGGAUCAAGCUAAAGAAGGAUUAUAUACCCGGACUGGGUGAUACCGUCGACCUCGCAAUCAUCGGCGCGAGGUAUAACUCUCGGGAUGCUAUGGCAAUCAAGCAAGUCAAAAAGCUAUUAUGGACUGAAUUCUUCAUUGGAUGCCUCGUCAAUAAAGAGAUGGUUGUUCAAUGUGGAGCCAUACCAAAAUUUCGGGUGCUGGAUGUUAUCAACCACAAAUGCAUGCAUGUCAGAUUCAUGCAGUUCUUAAACCAAUACGGCGAAUUCUGCGCGCGCAGUCCAGACUCCGAACACGGAUUCAAUCUUGAAUACGGAGAGAGUGUAGUCAACCCUAUGGACGUCGUCUUCAAAACACCCUUUGUCGUUGAGAUGUUAGGCAGUGGCUUCGAAAAGCCGUCUGGCGCCAGAUACUAUACACUGCGUUUCCCUAGGAUCUUGAAGGUCCUUUCUGACCGAUCAUUUGAGGACGCUGCGUCAUAUAGAGAGUUGCAGUUAUUAGCAGAAACCGCUCGAACCGUCCUUGAUGAGGAUCCAGGGACUCACGAGUAUGAAGCCGCCAAACGGAUUAAGCUGCGAGAUUGCACGGAGUGUACACCGGAGGGAUCACAAAGUUUUCAGACAACACAGAGCCCUUGUCCCCAGUCUUCAACUACUGCAAAAGAUGACUCAGGUAACGGAGCAUUCGUGUCUCUCCCUAACAAAGCAUUAAACGCCCCAGACGCGUUACCUGGCUCAACGAGGCAAACCAAACGACGUCGCGAGAGCAGCGCUAUGCAACGUACCAUUCCCAUCCACGUGGAUCUCAAUAGAGACCCCUCCCCACCUGCAGGGCACAGUGUAUGCGGCAAUUACCUGACAGACAAUGAAAAUCUGUCUUCCCAUGCAGCGGGACAGAGGAAGAACUCAACCCAACCAACCGAUUCUUCUGAUGCAGAGAAAGCCUCCCGCUCCUGUCGAAUGCCUAGUCCAUUAACUAGCCUAGACAAGCUGCAAAAGCACUCAGUACCAGUUUAUACACCGCUACACUGCCAUAUCGGAUCAAACGCAAGCCAGGAAAUUUGCAAUCGCCAUCCACUUGGUGAUAAAGUCGUGACUGCCCACCUCGGCCAGAAACCAAUCCAGCGCAUUCUAUCACCAUUGCUCCACAGUCUUAUAUACGUUCACCAUGGCAUAUCAUCCGAUCACAUGGCAGUGUCUCAAUCCAUACCAAAUGCAUGGAAUAUAGCACCCACCCUCAAAGAGUUUGUCCGCUCAUUAACACGCCUAGAGUCACGAACCCACCCCAGGACAUCCAACCCUCACGCAGUCUCGCACUACACAGCUUGCGGACUGGCCAUGAUACCUGCCAAGGAAGAUGCGCUAUGUACGGUUCUUCCCGAUCUAAUAAAAAGCAUAGGAAAUGCUUUCCAGUCUCACAAAUCCAACAGCCACCACCAUGGCGGAAAAGUCUUUAUUCUCGAUUCGAGCUUUCUCAAACUCAAGAUCAGUAAUUAUGACACGGCAAUUUGCCCCGGCCAGACAUGGGAAGACAUUAGCAAGGUGUUUUUCUAUGCAUGCGUGAGCUGGACGUUCAACGGGACUACAGGUUGUGACACGUUUGAGAUGUACCAAGUCGGAGAAUGUGACGCGCUCUGCACGAGGCCUAAGAUCACGGUUAGCUUCGAUAGACGUGAGUUGGGUCGGUUGGAGGAAAUAUUCCGCACUGAGACACCGAACACUUAUACUAUUUGA